CAGGCUUGCUGGAACAUAUCCUCCCCGAGGAAGAAAAAAUGCUUCGUACAACUAGCAUGCGAACACUCCAAUGCGUCGUGAAGCACAAGCUAAUGGAUGUUGAUGCCGACCUUCGUCUGGUCAGGGUAACGCCCUCUCAAAACCCCUUAUCCUGCGAAAAAGGCUGGUUCUGCCCCUACCUCUUCGCCAGUUCCCGUACACCUAUAAUCCCACGCUCGCAGGACUUCGCCAUUGCACAAUGCUUCGGCCCCUUCUUGGCAGGUGACUACCAGUUGGCACACAAACUUCUUUCCGAGUCUGCUGCGGUGCUCUCCCUUUGCAACCCCGACCCCACUGUCAACAUUGGCGUCAACCGUAUACUCGUAACGUUCAUUGGUAUCACACCAUACAGAGGCGGUAUGUGGUCUUCUUCCCGAAGACCUGGUGCUGCGCUUAUGAAUUUUCACCUACUAAAUGGGUGUCCUUCUAUGGUUAUCCCUGUGAAUAAUAUGGCGCCGAUUGUAGCAUGGAAUCCUACUACGCUGGCCAGUAUCAAGAAUCCGGGCUUCAAUCCGGAGUGGUUGCAUGAACAGAUAUGUGAAUUUUUGGACACAAUUAUCAGCAUUAAAGACUGCGCACCGGGAAUUAGAGCUAAUUAUGUGCCGGCGUUGGGCAGGACAGCGAGUAUGGUCGUUAAUGGAGCAUUGGGAUUGAGGAAUGUGCAACCGGGGAUUCUGAAAGGACUGGAUCCCGAGAGAGCGGGGAUUGCGUUUUUUAGGUAUUAGGUUUUCGAUUGCCAUGCUAUUGUGCCUUUUUCUUUGUUGAUUGCGGAGUUUGGGGUAAUAAAAUUGCAUGGGGUGUGGUUUAAGCUCUGGUUUUGUUAGUAGGGAAGAUGUCUACAUCCCUCUGUUGAAGAAGUUGUUCGUGUGGUCCAUGUUGGAGGAAUUGUUCUGUCGAGUGACAGCUUAUGAACAUAAUAAUUUGUCUUGAAA